UUGCUAUUGGUAGCGAAGAGCAGAUAAAAAAUCUUAAAUUACAACGUGGCUUUCGCCCUUUACACGCCGACAUGUUUAGCAGUAUUGCCAUAGACGCUACACGAGAGCCACUCUAUCCAAGUCUUCUCAUACCACCCGAAGAUAUUAAUGCAGCAAUUAAAGGAGCAAACACACCAAAAAGUAUUCGGCGUACAGUAAAUUUGAUGGAAAUGUUGCAAGAAGCUUUGGAACAAACGCAAUCGUCACCGCAAACGUCUGCGGCGUCUUCAAUGUUAUCACUACCGACGCCAAAUUCAAUGUCGUCAGCGGCGACUACCCCGCAACAGCAACAAGUGCAGCCCAAAGUGUGUUUACAGGAACGCACUUUCCAAUUUGAGUUGUAUAUUGAUUGUGCGGCAUCAUUGCCGCUAAAUCCUUCCGCUAAGGGUAAGGGUGGAAAGAAUGCUGCUAAGCGUUCAGCAUCCAAGCGUUUUCCAGCAGGCGAGCCACCAACCACAUACGUUACAUUCCAAGCAGAUGAGUGUUCGGGCAGUAGCGGACCUUAUAAGUCGCAUGAGGGGAACGUUUAUGCCACAGAUGUUGUUGAGCGCAGUACGCAUCCGCGUUUCACGCAACGCUUUUUGGUCACUGUGGGCGCUGAAUAUUUAGAAAAUCCUAAGCAAAAUUUCAUUCUGAAGCUAUGGAAAAAGGCAAAUGUACCGCCGACUGGCAAUGGCAGUAGUGGCUCCGGUACGACUGCACGUUUGGUACCCAAGCCAAUUGACGAUGCCAUCAUAGGUUUUACUGCACUAGACUUGGGCGUUUUUUUGCGUGGCAUGCAUAUUGGUGGCACUUUCAAUGUGAUCGAUUUUAAUGGACGCAUAAAUGGACAGUUGCAGUUGAGUGCCAAGCCAAUGGAAGGGUGGUAUGUUAAGUUUCUCGCACAACGUAUAUAUAAACAUCCACAGCCGCAAAAGGAAACACAACCUAGACCAGAUCUACAGUUUAUUAACCCUGCUUCUGUUUCUGCUCCUGCUAAAAACGCACAAUGCGCUGUUGGCGCUUCCAUUGACAAUGUCAUUGAACAAUUUGGAAACUCACUCGAUCUCACACACUUAAAUCUUAGUCAAGCCGUUAAGCAUAAAUUUAAUGAGCUGGAGGGUAUUUCCAAGCGCUUGCGCACACGUCUUAGCAGCGUGGCUGGUGAGCCAUUGCCGGAGCAGUUCGAUGCGGCCGGUUUGAAUGAUUGGCGACCGUUGUGUGAUGUGAUUGGAGAAGAGUUACCAAUGGAUAUUGAAUUAAAUGAAUUUGAGCGCGACAUUAAUUUACCACCGUUGGAUGAUGUGACUGAAAUGGUAAAUGCAAAUGAAGUGAAUGAAUUCGAGCGUGAUAUUAAUAAAUCCGCUAAUGCGGCAGGUGAUGAUGACCCCAAGGGCGUAGACGAUAAUGAACUCGAAGAGGCCGUUGAUGAUAAUAAGGGUGAUAAAAAAGAAAAUUUGAUCUCAAAGACGGCGCCCGGUGUAGCCGAUCCCAUUGUUGAAUAGUGGCGACAUAAACGCCGGAAAAUAACUAAGUCAGCAGCAGCAACAGCAGCGAUGAAAAUAAGAAAUACUAUUACAAUUAAACUUAUGCAACACACAUGCCAGUCUAUAGCACUCUUAGCAUCACAAAUAACAUUUUUAGCACCAUUACUACUAACCCCACAACAACCACCGACCGUGAAGGCAUCACCCCCAAUCCAGCUCAUCAUUAAAACGCUCCUUGCAUUUUCAAUAAAGGCUCAAUAGUACUUAAAUAAAUUUAUGCAUCGUAAUAAUAAGUAAAGCGCAACUUUUGCCAAUUUUUAUUAAUAAUAUUACUAAAUGUGUACGCGUAUGAUAAUAUAUAGUGGCUAUUGCAACUACUAUAUUUAUGGAAGUUUUAAACGACCUGCGAUUCUUAAUAGCUAAGCAAAAUUGUUAUUACUUUCUCCCCUCCUUGUCUUUAUAAAUAAUGUAUUUCACCCAAUUAGCAUUAAUUAUUUACUUUAUGAAAUAUACAUACAUAAAAAUGUAGUUACCGUAUAUACAUACAUACAUACAUACAUACAUAGGUUUAAGUAUUGAGUUAUAUAUUAAAUUUCGAGAGAAAAGAAACCACGUAUUUAUAAAUGAAGUAUUUAGUUGCACUAAAUUAUUUUUAUUAUUAUUACUAUUACUAUAUGUACAAUGUAAUCAUUGAAAAUUCCAAAAGAGUAGUUAUGCAAGGCAUUCGAUUAUCAAUUAAAAAUCGUGAAAGUGGAAUAAAAAACGAAAAUUCUUAUCCAAGCCCAGAAACAGAAUGUUUGUGUAUAAACUAGAAAUGAAAAUCAAAAUAAAUUCAAUAAA